AUGGCUCGGAACAAAGACUGCCUUCUAUGGAUGACCAUUAAGAGAAAGCUUCUUCGUACUACUCGGCCGACAUCUCGGAAUAAUCAAGACAUCACGACAGUUUUUCACAUCGUCCAUACAAACAACGAAAGCUUUGGUUAUGAAGAUUACAACAUUAGUAGUAAUUGCACUACUGCACAAGACGAGGCUCACGAUAAUGCUUGUUCGUAUUUCGCGUACCGAGAGGACCAUGCCGCAAUCGCCAUUCAAACAUGGCACGCCAUUGUUGAUUUAAGGUUUAUUGCUUGCUUUUGCCACCUCUAUCUGACUCUUUUCGUUUGUGAUUCUCUCUUACCGAUUUCCCUCAUCGACAACAUGCACCGACCAACCGACGCCGUCUCCUCAUCCUAUUACCACCAAUAUUACGAUCAACGGCCCGCCGCCGAUCUCCCGCAGCUCCACAACCCCUCCGUGCCGGCUCCUUCUCCUUACUCUCCACACGCCUCUGCCCCUCCGUUCACGGCCUCGCCGUCCGAUUAUUCCAAUUACCCCUCCUUGCCUACAGAUCCCGAUCAUGCCCCUAACCUCGGUCAAUACCCUCCGCCACAGCUCCACGAGCCCCCCCACAAUCACCGUCAUCCGUACCUUCAAACCCAGGCCCCCGCGAAUUACGAUUACACCUUCCCCACAGACCCUACUCCUAACCCCGGCCGCAACUCGGAGCCCGGUUUCGAUCCUCCGUAUUCUUUGAAUUCGUAUUUGUAUGGAUCUUCAUAUCCUCCAUACAGCGCCAAUUCGUGUGAGAGCAACUUGAAUCACGGCGGAGGAGAUCGAGGGGUGUUCGAUGCGGGGGUCUUUAAGUACAACGGUGGUCAGCCGCAGUCUGCUUAUGGAGAGAAAGACGGCCGCUCGUCGGGCUCUGGCAGCGGGGGAGAGGUGAUGUUUGACGAUUACGGGAGGCCGAUCAAUGUUCCUGGAGGAAAGGAUCAGGGUGGAUCUGGAAGUUCUUUGCAUAAUAUUGUCAAAGCGGUUCCAAAGGCGGAGGAUGUUGAGGAUGUCAGGAGUGGUAUUCAGAAGUUCCGCGUGAAGCUGUUAUCAGAAGGAUUUGAUCAGAAUGAUAUGGAUGUUCUUUGUCAGCAUAACCGCGGUGGGUCUAAUUUUAGAACUAGUGAUGCAAUUGCAGUUGUGGUGACUAUUGGCCUGGAUGGUAUAUGCGUUCUGGAUCCAGCGACUAGUAGGACAUUAAAGAUAUAUCCUCUUGAGUCAGUGACAAGAUGGGAGGUGCUGGAUUCAUAUAUCUUUGCAUUUUGGGCCAAAACUAGUGUAGAUUUAGAACCAAGGAGGAUUAGGUUGAAAUCAAAUAGUUAUACCACAAACAAUAUUCUGGACUUGGUGACAGCAGCCAGCAUUCAGUCCAAGGAAAUUGGUUCAAGCCAUAACUCCCCAGAUCUAGUGAAGGGAACUGAGCAAUCAGCAGAGAAGAAGAAAGGUUUUAUCGAUUGGAAGAAUAUAAUAAAGCCUGCCAAUGAGGAGAAAGAUCACUGGGUUCCCGAUGAAGCAGUAACUAAGUGCACAACAUGCAGAGCAGAUUUUAGUGCUUUCAAUAGAAGGCAUCACUGCCGAAACUGUGGGGAUAUUUUUUGUGACAAGUGCACACAAGGGAGAAUUGCCCUGACCGAAGAGGAGCAUGCUCAGCCAGUUAGAGUUUGUGACCAAUGCAUGGCUGAAGUAACCCAAAGGCUUAGCAAUAAAGUACCACCUGGUAGACCUGCUGGGUUGCAGAGCCAUGAAGAUCUUGCUAGAAAACUACAGCACAUCUUAUCACACAUAGUUGAUUUGCAUGAAGUGAUAGAAGAGAUGAACAAAAAUCGCAAGACAGUCGUUGCAAAUUUUUAUGCUUAUCUUGUAGGAGCGAAGUCCGAAGCCUCUGGGAUGAGAAUGAGAGAAGUUGCAUGUCCAACUUGCACGGUCCAUUUACAGGUCCAAGUACCAGCAUCGGGUUCUGAAACCAUCGAGUGUAGUGUGUGCCAGCAUCCAUUCCUUGACCCACCAUCUCACCCGAGGAAAAGGUCAUCGCCACAUCCGACGAGUCUCCGAAAGUUGGCCGCACAGCUCGAUGAAUGUCGCCGUCAUGGUGGCCCGAAGGCCCUGCGUAAUCAGUAA